UUGUAGAUAAGUAGCUAUAAUUACGUGGCGAUGUUAUAAUCCAGUAUGUACUAAUUCAGAAGUAAAUUUCUUUGGGUGCAAUGGGACUUAAUGGGUUGUAGUGUGAGGUUAUAACCUAGACAGCCCUACUCUUUAGAGGGCAAACGUAUGCAUGCUAAAAUAGAGGAAAGGUCUACCAUUUCCAACAGUUUUAAUAUUAGAGUGCAGCCCUAGGCGUCUUUGCUAUUUAGGUUGCAACCCUGUGCAUGUUCAAAAAGGAAAAAAGUUCCAGAACUUACAGUGUUUCACAGCUAGGUAUAGCUUCACCUCCAGCUCCCGCGUUCUGGGGGGAGGCAACAGCAUUCCAAAAAAUGAGAAUAAGCAUGCAGUCACUUAUAUUGGUCUUUCCUAAGACAUUUGGGAAAGUGGCAGUCCUGGUAAUGAAUUAUUUUCACAGCUAGUGGCUUUUACUGCCGUCUACUGACUUGGGAGUAAGUUCUAUGGAAACAGUAGCUUAUUUCUGUUUACACAAAUAACAGGUUUGUGCUAUUAAACUGCUUACUUGACUUGGUAAGGAGCACUUUACGAAUCCCCCUUCUGGCAAGUUCAGCUGUCUAGUUUGCUGCCUGAAAUAAAACAUGGCCAAGGUUGAGAAGUUUGCUUUUCAUGUGCCUACUCUGGAAGAACUUGCUGGGGUUUUGCAGAAUGGACUUAAAGAAAACUUUGCAGAUGUCCAAGUUUCUGUAGUAGAUUGCCCCGAUCUGACUAAAGAACCCUUCUCAUUUCCUGUUAAAGGCAUUUGCGGCAAACCCAGGAUUGCAGAUGUGGGAGGUGUUCCGUAUCUUCUACCUCUUGUACAAAAAGAUAAGGUUUAUGACCUGAACACAGUAGCAAAGGAAAUACAGCUGCCAGGAGCUUUUUUCCUCGGAGCUGGAGCGGCUUCAUCUAGAGUUGUUGGAGGCAAUGCUGAGUUAAUCCCUGUUGUUAAAGCUAAAAGUGAGGAAAAACCAGCUGUCAAUGGAAGCUACAUCGCCCAAAUUAACCCUAGUGAUGGCGGGUCCUUGCUGGAAAAGUACAGCUCCAAACACAAUGACUGUGAAUUUGGACUGCUUGCCAACCUCUAUGCCAGUGAAGGCCUCCCUGGGCAGGUCAUUGAAGUGAAAGCAAAUAGAAGAACUGGGGAGCAGAAUUUCAUAUCCUGCAUCAGGAAAACCUUAGAAAAGUAUUAUGGUGACAAACCAGUUGGGAUGGGAGGUACUUUUGUUAUCCAGAAGGGGAAAGCGAGGAUACAUAUAAUGCCCUCCGAAUUUUCUGCCUGUCCUUUGAACACGGAUGAGGAGGUGAACAACUGGCUCAAGUUUUUUGAAAUGAGAGCGCCACUGAUUUGCCAGCCAGUGCUCGUUUCCCAAGAUCCAGGUUUUGACCUGCGUGUGGAGCACACCCAUUGUUUUAGCCACCACGGGGAAGGAGGACAUUACCAUACAGACACAACUCCGGAGACGGUAGAAUACCUGGGAUAUUUUGUGCCCGCUGAGUUCCUUUUCCGAAUUGACAGGCCCAAGGAAACGCAUAUGGUUGGUCGGGACUGAAUUGGCAGAAACCACACUGGAGUGGGAAGCCUGUUCUGAGGAAAAGAAAGCCAGGAGAAUGGUGGAAUUUGCCUUUAAUUCAAGCCAGUUGCAGUUGUAUCUAAUCACCACAAAAGAAUAGUAUGUACUUCGCUUGCACAUAAAAAUUGCAGUAUGAUUCCUUGACUAGAAAUACAGCUGAAUUUAAUGUGAGAACAGUGGGUAUCAAGUCACUGCUUUAUGGCCAUGCUGGUGAUGGGAGUUCUAACAGAACACGUUGUAGAAGACUGCCUUACGGUUUAUAGCUGGGGAUGAUGAGUGGACUAAAAAAAAUUCCAUGGGCUCCUUAUCCCAUCGCUGCAAAGAAUGAAAGUCAGUGAAACAGUGUGAAUGCCAGUGAUACUAACCAGUUCCAUCUCAGCCUUUAAACUGAAGGUUGGGGGUGAAAGAAAGGGAGAGCCCCUUGUACUAGCAUGUCCUCUUGAGAGAUUGACAUAAGAAGCAUUAAUUCACUGCCCUGAUCUUUGCUGAAUGCACUAAUUCAAACUUUACAUGUAAAACUGUUCUGCAUUUUGAUACUAUAAAAAUGUUUGAUAGCA